AUGACUAUUGCUUUACAGCGAACGAUGCAUACAACCGACGACGCAGGGGAUAAGCCAGGAGAUCUAGUCACGGUCCUCCUGGCAACAAACAUCCACUGUGCAUCAUGUGUUGCGCUGGUCAAAGAGCUCCUCGGCUUCUACCGGUCCGUCAAGAGGGUCGACGUCUCCAUUCUGCAGCAGGAAGUACGGGUCUAUCAUGGACCGGAGAUAAGUACAUCUGAUCUAGCAAGGAUGCUGAUUGAUGCUGCGUUCGAAGUGCAACUAGCAACUACCACUCAAGAUGGCUUGGGGAAACGGAUUCUGGAGUCCAUCGACACUUCGUCUUGGGUUACGUCGGCGCCUGUUGUACGGCCGCCGUUGCUCAAGCCUGCCUCUUAUAAUAAUAGUAGGACCGUGCGAGGAGAUCAGGAAGCGUAUGAGCUGCAACGCAGAAAACAUAUCGAUAACUGUGAGGCGUGUCAGAAUGAACGGCAAGCGGAGGAGAAAGCAUAUGCACAUGAAUAUGGCGACAUACGGAAAGAGAAAAUAAUAGAGACGCCGCCGACACUGGAGUCCAUACACGUUGCCCAGCCAAGACAGCCAGAUGUUUUCAACGCUCGCCUCAGUAUAUCAGGAAUGACUUGUGGUGCGUGCGCGAAUUCGGUCACUGAGACGAUACAACGGCUAGAUUUCGUGAAGGAGGUUUCUGUGACUUUGUUGACCAACAGUGCUGCUAUGACCUAUAACGGACCAAAGGAGAACAUCGACAAAGUGGUUGCCGAAGUAGAGAGUACCGGAUUCGACGCUGCAGUUGACAUGGUGGAGAAGAUAUCCCAACAACCGGAGGAGGAAACUUUUCCAGAAUACGAAGCUCGAUUCAGCAUUGGUGGAAUGACUUGUGCUUCUUGCGUGAAUUCUAUUACUCACCACGUUAAGCAGCUAGAUCAGGUGAAGGACGCUACUGUUAGCUUGGUGACCAAUAGCGCAACGGUUGUUUUCUCUGGCGAGAGAUCCUAUAGCGAACAUGUUUGUGACGAGAUCGAAGCUAUCGGCUAUGACGCAUCGCUUAUCGAAGUUGUUCAACGAAACGCAUCACCUUCCGAUGGGAAUCUUGUUUCUAAUAAAUUCAUUGCAAACAUCAGCAUCAAUGGGAUGAGCUGCGGUGCAUGUGUUGGGAAAAUCACUCAAGUUGUCCAAGAACUUCCCUAUGUUAAUGAUGGUGUGGUAGACUUGCUCUCUGCUAGUGCACGGGUGGAGUUUGAGGGGAAGGAUAAUGUGAAAACGAUAUUGGAUGAGAUUGACGGCAUCGGCUACGAAGCAGCGCUUAUUGAUUGUAAGCCGUUGAAUGAAGAAGUUUCGAAACCUACAGAACGAACAGUGAUGAUUCGAGUCGACGGAAUGUUUUGCCACCAUUGUCCUGAGAAGGUGCUGUUGUCGUUGAAAGAACUUGACGAGAGUAUUCAAAUAUCGAAAGAGCCUACACAGAAAGACCCAAUUGUGAAGAUUAAAUAUACGCCCAAGCAGCCGGAUUUGACAAUUCGCAGAAUUGUGUCGACGAUCAACUCGUCUCACGAAACAUUCAAAGCAAGCAUCUACUACCCUCCAUCUAUUGAGGACCGCUCUCGGGAAAUGCAACUUCGAGAAAGACGCCGCUUUCUCUUUCGUCUGGCCUUCGUCCUGAUGGUUGCUAUACCGACCUUCAUAAUCGGUAUCGUCUUUAUGGAUCUCGUCCCCUCGGACAACAAGAUUCGGCAAUACCUGUCAGAGCCAAUAUUUGGUGGCUCAGUGUCUCGUAUGGAAUGGGCGAUGUUCUUUGCCACUACCCCUGUCAUGUUUUAUGGAGCAGACGUAUUCCAUAUCCGAGCCAUGAAAGAGGUUCACGCCCUGUGGCGGCCGGGCAGUAAAGUGCCACUUCUGCGUCGAUUCUACCGCUUCGGUAGCAUGAAUCUGCUGAUUUCGGCGGGGACGUCGGUAGCAUACAUUGCCUCUCUGGGUGUGCUUAUAGCUGGUGCUGUAAAAAAGUCUUCAUCUGCCGCCAACGUGUCGACAUAUUUUGACAGUGUGGUCUUUUUGACUUUGUUCAUCCUGGCUGGUCGUUCUCUAGAGGCCUACAGCAAAUCGAAAGCUGGCGAUGCGGUCUCUGAUCUAGGGAAAUUGAGACCAAGCGAGGCUUUGUUAGUUAACUCUGUCUCCCCGGGAGAGGAUAAUGAAACUACCGUUGGUAGCGGUGUUCAGAGGAUUGAAGUCGAUUUACUCGAGAUCGGAGACACUGUCAUUAUCCCCCAUGGUGCCUCCCCUCCAGCAGACUGUAUAGUCAGCAGCUCAGGCAAAUAUCAAUUUGACGAGAGCUCUCUGACGGGCGAGUCAAGGCCCAUUACCAAGUCAAGUGGUGACCAGAUCUAUUCGGGAUCUGUGAACGUCGGUCAGCAAGUCUCUGUCAGGGUGACUGAAGUUGGAGGCGCCUCGAUGCUCGAUAAGAUUGUCAGCGUUGUCCGAGAGGGACAAAGCAAAAGAGCACCUAUGGAAAGAGUCGCUGACGUUAUCGUCGCCUAUUUUGUUCCUAUUAUAACCCUCAUAGCCAUUCUAACAUUUAUCAUCUGGCUUGCACUUGGCCAAUCCGGUUCUCUACCACUUGGAUAUCUUGACACUUCGCUCGGCGGCUGGACGUUUUGGAGUUUGCAAUUCGCUAUCGCGGUCUUUGUGGUGGCAUGUCCAUGUGGUUUGGCACUUGCUGCUCCCACAGCACUUUUUGUCGGGGUUGGUUUGGCGGCGAAGCGAGGUAUUCUGGUCAGGGGAGGUGGCGAGGCUUUUCAGGAAGCUACACGUCUUGAUGCGAUCGUCUUUGAUAAGACUGGUACCUUGACCGAGGGUGGAAACUUGAAGGUAUCCGAGCAUGAAGUACUCAAUAAUUCGGAUCCUCAGAAGGUCGGCAUUGCAUGGACACUGGCGUGCGAGCUUGAGCAGACUAGUAAUCACCCUAUUGCCAAGGCGAUUGUUGAAUUUUGCAAAGACAAGAUGAAGAUGUCUGAAGGCAGCAGAAUAAGUGUGAGGUCGUCUGACAUCCUCGAGAUAUCCGGCCAAGGCAUGAAGGGCCACUUCACACUGGCUGUUAAUGGCGAGACAAAAUCGUACGAAGCUGCUCUUGGUAAUGAGCGUCUUGCGAAGAGCGUCACGGGUCAAAUGUCCGAUUCACAGUCCUACUUUUUUUCCAAUCUCUUAUCCAAGUACCAAUCCUCCGGUCGUUCUACGGCAGUGCUACUCCUCCGCGAGACUCAAUCCUUAACCACAAACGGCGAAGUAAAGGAAACUAGUACAGAUACAGACGAUUCAAGUCCCUUCACUCCCUCCAUAAUAUUUGCAACGUCCGACCCUAUUCGCUCCGAAUCCUGUCAUGUCAUUUCCCAGCUCCAGAAACGAAAUAUAUCCGUGUACAUGUGUACUGGAGACAACGAGAAAACCGCGUAUGCCGUUGCUUCUACCUUGGGUAUCCCGCACACCAAUGUGCUCGCCAACGUGAUGCCGGCUCAAAAGGCAGAUUUCAUUCGCAAGAUUCAGUAUUCAUCGUCAUCAUCUUCGCCAGACGAGGAAAAUCUCCCGGGAAAACAAUCCCAAAACGCCCAGCAAAAGAGAAAGAUAGUCGCCUUUGUAGGCGACGGGACAAACGACUCACCAGCACUGGCCGCUUCGGAUGUCAGUAUCGCAAUGUCCUCCGGUUCCGACGUGGCCAUCUCCGCAUCGUCAUUCAUCCUUCUAAACUCGAAUCUCAACAGCAUAUUCGAGCUGGUCCAGUUAUCUCGGCGGGUCUUUAAUCGCAUAAAAUUGAACUUCUUUUGGGCCGCGGUGUACAAUGUGAUUCUCGUACCUGUCUCGGCUGGCGUGUUUUAUGCCAUACCCGAUGGUACCAAGUACGUCACUGUCGCCGAUACCCAGGUCCAGGUCAAUGGGCACUGGAGAUUGAGUCCUGUUUGGGCAUCGCUUGCUAUGGCUUUGAGUAGUGUCAGUGUUGUGACGAGGCUUGUGGUUUAUCGCGAUCUUAGCAUCUAA